CACGACAGAGGGAGGAAAUCGCGCAGCCGUCCUCAGCGUUGUGUGUUGUGUUGGCGCUUCAUCUACUCCUAGUUCGAGUUAGAUUUAGGAAUAUUAAUUACAUUUUUAGUGUGUAGAAAGAAGUUAACCAAGUGUCGUGAGGGAAUUUGCGAAGGAUCGUUGGAAAAUUGUUAGAUUUUGAGGCAGUUUUGCCCUUAGUGUUGGCCUGGCCCUAGACUCCACCGCCCGUCCGAAUACUUGAGUGGGGGCCAUUGGCACCGAUUUCGGAUUCGGUACUGUAUGACCGAAGGGGUGUAUCGACGUGCUUUUAAGUGAUCUCUGCACAAGCCCAAACGCUGCGACAGAGCUAUCAACAUCUUGGAUCAUAAUUUGUGGCAGUUUUCGUAGAUAAGGUGAAGGGGUACAAGUGUGCGGCGUUCGAAUCGGUGUGUGACUUGGACCGGUACGAAUUGGGGUCUACUUGCGGCCACGGCUUCGGCUUCUAACUUCGAGACCAGAGUGUGAUGGUGACCGCAUGACGAUGGACUUCCCGCGCAAGUCCUCCCGGGGCCGCGGGAUGCUGGGGCCGAGACCACCGCAGACCCACCACGCCAUGGCCAACACCCUCGUCUCGCCCAGGAUGGACCACUCGCCCUCGGACUCCUUCAUGGACGGGUCGCCCCUGGGGAUGGGUGUCUCCCCCCUGGGCGGGCGUCCCCGCUCCCCCAUGUCGCCUGGGGACGUGGCGAUCAAGACCGAGCCUCCCCUGUCACCGACGGCGAAGAGACCGCGGCCGGAGCGGGUGGACUGGGCCCCCUCCCCCAGCACCCUCAGCAUGGAGUCGCUCUCGCCGCCGUCCUUCCCCUCCAACGGCAUGGGCGCCAUGGGCGGCGGACAGCCCUCCAACGCCGGCUCGCCGCUCUCGUCCUCCAGCUACGAGCCCAGCUCCCCCUACCCUCCGAGAUCAGGUGAGUCUGCCAUCUGCUGCGUCUGCUUCCCGUGUUCUGAUCCUCCCCUAUCCUCUCUUGCCGCCUCCAUCCCCUAUCCUCCGCCCGGCCGUUCCUUCAUUGGUCCCUCAGGUGCCCUGCCGCGGUUCCUGCCCGUCAUGUCACCGUCGACGGACUUGUGGGUCGCGGUCACGGAUUCCCUUGGACUGAGUGACCCCUUCAGCGCUUCGGGAGAAAGAAAACGGGAGGCCAAAAUAGAGGUGUCGGUGGGUAUUAAGGUCACCCCAGAGCCGGACGACCCGCGCGAGGAGUGCCAUAGGAGCCCCGAUGGCGUGGCGUCGACCUCACGUGACCGGCUCUCCCGGUGCCGUGACACUGGCCUGCGUGCCAAGGUGACCCUGGCCGGAGGAAUGCAUCCCCGGGUCGUCUGGCUGAACGCGCGCUGGCUACUGUGGUUGAGGUUUAUGAGGUUUAUGAAUUCCCUUGUACCAGAGGCGCGGCAUUAA